AUGGCCGGAGAACGCAGUCCAAAGCAAUUCGAUUUUCACCGCAGAGAAACACGACUUUCAGCACAAGCUCGACAACUCCACACGGAUGCACUUCGAGUCGAGAGUGAACUGGUGCUGUUGCUCCGUCGGGAAUGGUUCCUCAUCCAGGAUUAUAAUAUUCAGAUGCUGGAGUAUCUCGAAUUGCAACUCACCUGCGAGAUUAUGCGUCGAAAACUCAUUGCGAUAAGAAAACAACGAAAACGUUUGUCGCGAAUGUUUUAA